AAUGUGAACCCAAUGAGCAAUGCAAUGAACCAGGUUACCUCGACAAAUCGUGCCAAUGUAUAUGUCCAAAGGGAGUGGAUUGUACUCAAGUGGAACAAGCAGUAAAUGGCGGAAAGGGGACUGGUUCAGAAAAAUGUGAACCCAAUGAGCAAUGCAAUGAACCAGGUUACCUCGACAAAUCGUGCCAAUGUAUAUGUCCAAAGGGAGUGGAUUGUACUAAAGUGGAACAAGCAGUGGGUGGUGGAAAGGGGACUGGUUCAGAAUGCAAAAACAAGUACUCAGACAAGGAGUGCAAACUAUGGGCGGCCAAUGGAGACUGCAAAAGAAACAAACAGUGGAUGGAGAAAAAUUGUAACAAAAGUUGUGGAUGUGGUGGCACUGGGGAGCCUGAAUGCAGUGACGCGUAUUCAGAUAAGGAAUGCAGCGAAUGGGCUGCAGGUGGAAAAUGCUCCUCUGAAUGGAUGGGAAAAUUUUGUAAAAAGACGUGUGGAAUCUGUGGACCUGCUGUUUGCAAGAAUUUCUGGAGCAGGGAAUCUGACUGUGCAGCAUGGUCUAAACGUGGCGACUGCAACACGAAUCCAAGUUGGAUGAAAAAAAACUGUGCCAAGUCUUGUGCAUCUUGCUAGUAUCCCAGAGUUCCAGAAGAGACUGUAUUGCCUGUCAUUGUUGUUUUUAACUGGCUAAGCCAGGCAAACCAUUCCAUGCUU